AAUUAUUUAUGUGUAGACAUACUGUAACAGAAACCACGAUCGCAUGCACAAAAUAUCAUUAUAAAUAUGCAAUAACAACGCAGCAUCGCGUGAGAAUGCACCUAAUUUUAAAACAAACCGCGGCCACCCCGACUUCUGAAUCGUCUGCCUACACAAUGCAUUUAUUAAACACGUGCACAUACUAAUUACGUAUGAGCAGCGUCAUAUAGUCUGCAAUGUCAUCUCGUAUCUCGUUUCCGAACGCCUUUUACCGGUCAUCCCCCCGAUAUUAUAAAAGAGGUGCAUGUUCGCCGCGCGCCCGCAGUCCGACCCGCGCCAUCGAGCGAUACGCACGCUUCUGUUAUGAAAUAGUGGUGUCCCCACGCGCGACAGACAUGGAGGGGCUCCCUCCCAGCCAGGGCGCACCCGAGCCCGACGAGGGCAUCGCCUCUGACCGCCGCCCGUCCACCGACGACCACGCCGACUUGUCCGAUACCGCGUCGGAGGCCGGCUCUGGAGGCGGCAAAGACUCCGGCUGCGAAGUCGCCGCCGAGCCCCAGGAACCUCCCUAUACACCCCCUGAUGAUGAGCUCGCCAACCGGAUAGUGUCGCAGGUCGAAUUCUACUUUUCGGAUGCCAAUAUCACUAAAGACGCUUUCCUCCUUAAACAUGUGCGCCGAAACAAGGAAGGGUAUGUCUCCUUGAAGUUGAUAUCUAGCUUCAAACGGGUGAAGCAUCUCACGAAAGACUGGAGAGUCGUCGCUGAAGCUCUGAAGAGGUCCACCAAAUUGGAGAUCAACGAGGCGGGUACGAAGUUACGCAGGAUCGACCCUCUGCCAGCAUACGACGAGACUACGCCCUCUAGGACAGUGGUAGCAGUCAGGAUGCCCAUCGAUCGUCCCACAGUUGAGAACGUAUCGAGAUUGUUCGCGAGUUGUGGCGAGAUUGCUCUAGUUCGUGUGCUGCGACCCGGCAACCCGGUCCCGGCGGACGUCCGCCAGUUUCUUAACAAAAACCCGAGUUUGGUUAACUGUGUGUGUGCGUUAGUUGAGUUUACCGAGUCUGAAUCGGCGAGGGAAGCGCUGCGGCUACAGGCUGCGGACGAGGAAGGUAUGCGUAUAUAUGAACUAAACGGUGUGCCCCGAGAACCGAAGAGGAAGGCUCCGGCUCGUCGCCCGCCACCUCGCCGUCACGAGUGCGAGUACUCAUCAUGUUGUAGCGGCUCAGAACCAGAGUACGACUACAGAUAUGGGACACCCUUCUACAGGAGGAAUUCAAGCGGAUUCUUUGCGCCUCGCUCUCCCGAAAUCCAGACUUGGGUACCGCGGCGGCCGUCCACAUGUAGUCAUAGUUCUGAUUCCGGGGUCUCGUUCUACUGCAAUUCGAGGAGAACUUCACAGGUGAGCACUGGGAGCGCUAGCAGUGCGGAGGGGUGGCUGUCGAGGCGACUAUCGGGUUGUUCGCUGUCUGGGACGGAGUGCGGCGGACGGCGGCUGUCGUGCGCGCCCCGCUUCGAACCGCGGACCCCGCUAGUGCCGGACGGUACGCGCGGCUUCCACGCCGCCGCCCGCCAGCGGCGAAUAUCGGACCUCGCGUUGUACUCGCGCUAGAAAGCGCCCGCCAACCGUGACACCUUUCUAAUCACGUUGGAUAACUGCCUUUCACGAAGCCGCGCGGUUUUCGAUCUAUUUUGUAGUAGGAAGCGAUGCUAUGUUGAAUUGUUUAUGUGAUCGCGUGUGUUCCGCUAGCCGAUUUAGAUUUUAAGAUUUUUCUUUUUUUUUAUCGUGUAACGAAUAGAAGCUCGUUCGGUCGUAUUUUUGUAUUUCAAUUAUAUAGUUACCUACUGUCGACCGAUCGAACUUCUCCUCGUGGCGAAUGUGAUUGAAAUAAGCUCAUUUAGUUGUUAAGACACAGCUGUGUUUAGUUUUAGUUCGUAAUAUUUCUUAAAAGUAAUUUAUUAGAUUUAUUUAUUGUAUCGCGUAUUUAUUGAGAGGUGCGCGCGCGCCCGUGGCCUGAGUUUUCAUUCCAUGUGUGUCAGAGUUUGAGCACAAAUAUGACAUACAAAAUCGACAUUCUGUGGUUGUAGGCUCCUAUGCCUUUUGCGAUGGGAGCGUACCGCUAUAUAUAGCAGCUGUAUUAUACAGAUUUGCGUAACACGCAUGCACUUAUUACAGUGUAGAGAUUAGAUUAACGCUCACCAAAGUAAAAGGUGCUGUCAUUUCGCCAGACAGAGCUACAUGAUCCACGGUGCGUUACGGCGUAACUAACCGUGCAUUGUAUUUUUUUUUUUAAUUUAAGUCAUUAUAACCGAAGUCAGUCGCGCCAUCAUAUUAUUUUCCAUUUAAGGUUUUUUUUUUUAAUGUUAUUUUAAGGUUGAUGUGAUUUAUGUAUAUAGAGUGAGCGGGUUUCAUAAUUGUGACUUUUACAAUUAAUUCUAAUGUAUAUAGAUGAAGCCGAUUAUGUAUAAAGCAAAUGUAUAUUUAAAUAGACGCCGCAAAUUUAUUUUUGGGUCAAUUUUUGAUCUAAAAAUACCCUAGAUACGAGCUAUAUAUGAACUUAAUGUCGAAAUAAUUUUAUAGAGUUUGAAAAAAGUAGGAUUAUAAAUUGUAAACAUUAUUAAUUGUAUUAAUUUAAUACAAUUAAUAUCAUACAACAAUAAAUUUUAUUGUUCAUUAAUUUAUCAGCAAUUUACUGAUGAUUAAAUUCCAACACAUUGCAGGCAAUUAUAAUUUUUGUAUAUGUCAAAUUUUACUUAGAGUAUUUAUUGCAUUAUUGUUAAUAUUUUUUUUUUAUUAUAUUAGUAUUUUUGGGUACUAGAUUUGUUGACAAUAAUAAUUAGAGAUUAUGGUGGUAUAAUGCGUUAGUUCUCGGGAAUCGUAACGCACGAGCGGCGCUAUGGAUGAAACAUUGUAUAUUGCAUAUGUGUCUAUGGGCGAUAGUUUCUUUUUUUCUUGAUGGUAGAUAAUGAAAUGCUAUCGGUAUACGCUGGCGGGACACCAGUGAAGGAGGAUAGAUGAGGAUGGAAGCAGAUUAAGUUGGUCCAUACUGAUGAAGUCAAUAAGAAUAAAUCACUAUGGUUUUCUGGGGGAACUGUGUGAAGGUCAACCUGAUAAGGUAUAUAGCUAGUGUAGCGAACUCCUUGCUACAUUUUUAUAUUCUUAUUGUCAUUCGAAAUUUAUAUAUAUUUUUUUGACAUAUUGUUUUUUACAUUCAAAUACAUUUUGCUAAUGUCUGUCUCCCCAUCUUUUCUGCAGUUUUCCAUUCUAAAAUCCUCUCAUUGCAUAUUAAAAGUAUUAUCUCCGUUUCAGCUAGCAAUGGGGCUAUUAGACUCCAUUACUAACAAUCCUUCUGCCCCCUAUAGGUGAUGGUAAUCACUUUCCAUCAGGCGGGCCGUUAGCUUGUUUUCUAUUCUAAGUUACAUAAAAAAUAGCUUUGUAAUUAUGUCAAACAGUAAAAUAAUAAGGUGAUUAGUUGUUUUAUAUGUAAAAUGAUAUUUGCGGCGUCUAAAAUUAUGUAUAUUUAUAGUACGAAGCUUGUUUCGAAGCACGAUUUGUCUGUCUGUGUAUAGACGUGAAACGUCGCAAGGUGCUUGCCGGCUGUCCUAACUGUAUAGAGAUGAUAAUAUAAGAUUUUUUUUGAGAAAAGCGUGUUUAAUUCUAUGACCUUGAGUAUGGAAAGUGCUUGUGUCGAGUCCGAGUGCUGUUCGCCUUGACUGAUCGAUUCUCACGCUGUGACAGAUUGUGAAAUAGGGCGGCUUUUUUUAUGAGUGAUAAUGAAAUGGUAACCCCGUCUGCGCUAUCGGUGCACGCUGGUGGUACACCAGUGAGAGAUGAUAGGUGAAGAUGGAAGCAAAUCAAAUGACCGACGAAUUCAACAAGAAUUAACCACGAUGGUUUCCUGAGGGAAUUGCGGUGAGGUCGAUCCGUUGCUAACGUUAUUAACAAUUUUUCUCCCUAAAAUGGGGCGUUAUCACAAAAUACAGAAGAAAAGCUUUUAUUUAAAUGCGUUACCAAUUGAGUUGUCUCCUUAUUAUUACGCACAGAUAUAUAGCAACCAUUAUUAGCAUUAUUUUAAUAGUGUUUUUCUAGUGAAAUGGAAUAUUUUCUGCAAAAAAAAAACAUAAGUUGGUAAUUAAAUUGGUGAACAACGAUAAAUUUCAAGCCUACUUUGUUAUCGAUUUC